ACCACCUCAUCCAGAAAUAAUCACUUUCUCCAUUCGAUUCUUCCUCUUGCUCUUGCCCUCAAUCUCCUCGCUACGUCGUUAGCUAAUCUAACCAUCAGUCCACCAAAGCCAAUCCACUGAGUGCGAGAGCUCCAUCUCCAUCUCGAUCUCGACCAAGGAGAGGAAGCUAGCUAGCAUAGCAACAGGCAGUAGCAAUGGCGGGCGUGGGUCGUAACAUGGUGGCGCCGCUGCUGGUGCUGAACCUCAUCAUGUACCUCAUUGUCAUCGGCUUCGCAAGCUGGAACCUCAACCACUUCAUCAACGGCCUCACCAACCGCCCCGGCGUCGGCGGCAACGGAGCCACCUUCUACUUCCUCGUCUUUGCCAUCCUCGCGGGCGUCGUCGGCGCCGCAUCCAAGCUCGCCGGCGUGCACCACGUCCGCACAUGGCGCGGCGACAGCCUCGCCACCUCCGCCUCGUCCUCGCUCGUGGCAUGGGCCAUCACCGCCUUGGCGUUCGGGCUGGCGUGCAAGGAGAUCCACAUCGGCGGGUACCGCGGGUGGCGCCUCAGGGUGCUGGAGGCGUUCGUCAUUAUCCUGGCCUUCACGCAGCUGCUUUACGUGCUGGCGCUGCACUCCGGCCUCUUCGGGAACCAGUUGGGUGGCAACCAUGCUGGCGGGUACCCGGCGGAGCAUGCGUACGGCGCAGGCGGCGACCCGCACAACAAGGGCAUGGGCACCGGCGGCGUAGCCAGGGUCUGAAUCGGGUAGAGACACCGGCACCGUGCUCCAUCGCUUGGCGGUAGACAGUGACGGGCGGAUAAUAAGGUGUAUGUAUGUGUGUGUGUGUGUGUGUGUGUGUUCCGUCCCGUAUGGUGUGAGCGUACGUUGUAUGCAGACAUGGUGUGCACGGUAGGCAUGUAGUGACGGCGUGCGUGCGUACAUGUGUAGUGCUGCAGGAUGGGCCCUUCUUCUUAGUGUGUUUUGUGUUUAUUAUGUAGUCCGAGAUCAAGAUGGAGAUCGAUCAGUCCAUGCUAUGCUUCUUCAUUCUCCGACCAGACAAUUGCAAUGCAUGUCUGGGUGUGGAUGAAUGGCUGCACUUGUUUAAUUUAGUACUACUACUCUACAAA